GACUGCGCAUGCCCAGCGCGCCCACCGCCCCCGCUGCCCAGCGGCUCCUCGAAGGCUCGGGUUUCGCGAGGCCGCGGGGCGGUGUACUCUGCGUCCGUCUCCGGCCUUGAAAGGGGGGUGGUGAGCGGACUGGGGUACGGGCCAUGCAGGAAGGGGCGAGUCCUGAACUAGGCCGCCCGGCUUAGAAGGCGGCCACGAGUUGAAGAGGCCUGCGGCGGCUCCUCGCGCUCAAGGGCCGUUUGCCACCACGAGUGGCGUUGUUACUGCGAUGACGCCACCCCCCGCCGGCCCGGCUCGGCCCACGCGGGAGGGAGAGCCGGGGAGGCGGAGGCCGGUGCGGACUUCGCGAGCCAGUGGGAAGCGCCAACUGGGCUGGGUCAUGGGUGCGGCCGACACGCCCCACUUCGGGCAGCGCGGCGUCGGAGCCGUACCUUAGCGUCAUUUCCGCUCACCUCCCCACAUCCGGAAGGGGCGGAGCCAGGCGCAAGGCGCGCGGCUUAUGCGUCACUUCCGACGUCGACGAUUUCUCCUGGGAGCCCCCAACCGAAGCGGAGACCAAGGUGCUGCAGGCGCGGCGGGAGCGGCAGGAUCGCAUCUCCCGGCUCAUGGGCGACUACCUGCUGCGUGGUUACCGCAUGCUGGGCGAGACGUGCGCGGACUGCGGGACGAUCCUCCUCCAAGACAAACAACGGAAAAUCUACUGCGUGGCUUGUCAGGAGCUCGACUCAGACGUGGAUAAAGAUAAUCCGGCUCUGAAUGCCCAGGCUGCCCUCUCCCAAGCCCGGGAGCACCAGCUUGCCUCUGCCUCAGAGCUCCCCUUGGGGUCUCGACCCACCCCUCAACCCCCUGUCCCCCGCCCAGAGCAUUGUGAGGGAGCUGCAGCCGGGCUCAAGGCAGCCCAGGGACCACCCCCUCCUGCAGCCCCUCCAGAUGCAGAUGUGGUAGCCUCCACACAGGAGGCCCUCCUGCAGAAACUGACCUGGGCCUCGGCUGAGCUAGGCUCUAGCACCUCCCUGGAGACUAGUAUCCAGGUGUGUAGCCUCAUUCGGGCUUGUGCCGAGGCCCUGCACAGCCUUCGGCAGCUGCAACACUAAACCCCUCCUGAGAAAAACCUCCAGAAAAACAGCUGUUCCUCUCGUGUGGUUUGUUCUGCUUCUGGGAGUAGCAUGUUGGCUUCAGCUCCACUUGCCUUUCCUUUUCCUUGCUUUUUGCCUCGUACCCAACCCGUCAGCCCUCUCUGAUGCCCUGAGAGAGGAGUGGAGCAGUUUCCCCACUCAGAGGAGGGCGGGGAAGAGGGCUUGGCGACGAUCCCUGCAGUCCUUUAGCAGUCUUUAAGUGGGAUUUGGGGCUCCAGCCCCCUUGGUAGCUCCCCCCCCCCCCCGAGGGCCCAUGCUGUGCCAUCUUUGAUCCCACCCAGGCCUCUCCCUGAUAGUCCACCAGCUUGCCCUUUAGGGGCCAAUUACGGCCCAGUUUUAGAUCCUUUUCCUUGGGAGUUACUGGGCAGAAUGACUGAGCCGCGGAGAAGGGGCAGAAGGAGCUAUGACGGAAUCGCUCCCGCGCUCUUCCCUCCAUCCCGUUUUGUGGGCGCUCACCCCCUUUUCCUCUGUUGCGGGCGGCGCGGUGCCCGUUUAAGAAAGGCCCCGCCCCCAGGGGCGGGCAGAGGCGGAGCGGCGGAGUCGGGGAAGGAACAAAGCGCGGCCUGCGGGCGGCGGCUGGGCUC